GUAUUUAUUGCUUGUAUUGUUCAGCACUAAAUAAUUUAUAAUUAAUGUUUAUUACAGAAGUAUAAUAUAUAAUCUAAAAGAUACCCUGUGAGUGAAAAUUGCGAAGGCUCGUUUCCAGAUAAAUUACAGUUUCGUUGUCAUUAAGUUUUGAGCAUAGACUUAUUUAUAUACUGUCGUAGUUUUAAGAGUGUUAGUAAUUUUACUUCUAAAACCUAGAAGAUAGCACAAACCCCUCAGAAGUAUGGAAGCCAUGGAUUACCAAACAUCACAUUUAGCAGCCGCUCUAAUGUCGGGAAGUAGUAGCAAUAACAAUAGCUCUCCACCAGAAGCAUCUGAAAACACUGCCCCAUUACAAGUCAGCCAGCCAGCAAAAGACGAAAGUAAGAACAAUACACCUAGUGAAACUCCUAAAGAAUCUCAAUAUGAAAUGAAAGAAGAAAUUGCUAGUGGAGAUGAAUUCACUGAUGAGGAAUCUGAAGCUCAACCCGGAGGGAAGUCUCUACCUGGUCGGGGUGUGACACUCCAAAUGCUGCUCGAUGAAAAGAUGUUGGAACCAGGCAAUGCUGCUAUGACUAUUGAAUAUUUAGGGCAAAAGUUUGUUGGUGAUUUACAAGCUGAUGGAAAAAUAAAAUCACAUGAGACAGAAACCAUUUUCUGUUCUCCCUCAGCUUGGGCUAUUCAUUGUAAGAGGAUCAUUAACCCUGACAAGAGAUCAGGCUGCGGAUGGGCCUCAGUGAAGUAUAGAGGCAAGAAGUUGGACACCAUCAAAGCAACAUAUCUGAGAAAGAAACAAAUGCAGAGGGAAACAGCACACACUGAUGAUGAAGUGGAAGCAGAAGUAGAGAGGCGUCCUGAACCACCUCCACAAAGGGUUGUGAUGAAACAUAACACAGUGCCAAAUAGAAUGAUGCAACAUGACGCAAAUAUGCUGAUUGAGGCUGUAUCAUUUUCAUCAGUGGGCAAAGUUCAACCAUUUCUUAUUUCUAUAACCUCAAAUGCCAGUUUAGUGCUAGAUAUACACUGUCACCUUAAAAAGGAGGAAGUAUACGGAUACCUGGCUGGAGCAUGGGACUUAAAUAAUCACAAUAUUGUGAUAAGCCACACAUUUCCAUGUCUGAUAAGUAAAAGCGACAAAAGACCGAGGGUUUUAGUGGAGCUACAAAUACAAAUGGAAAUAGAGAAGCUUGGCCUAACUCUUCUGGGUUCCUACCACUCACAUCCAACCAACCCAGCUAUGCCGAGCUUAAGAGAUUGUGACAGCCAGCUGGAGUACCAAAUUAAAAUGAGAGGGCCCGCUGAAAUAUCAUAUACUCCAUGCAUAGGUGUUAUUUGUUCACCAUAUAAUCCUGAGAGUCCUGUUUUGGAGUCCUCUUUGACAUUCUUCUGGGUAGCACCACCAUCAGAGCAGAGACCAACCGAAUAUCCCAGGCCACUGCUGCUACAGUACAAUGUGGUCCCCGACAGCCACUUAUCAAAACAUGCUAUGGAUCAGAUAAAGAAGAUGAUUAAGUAUUAUUUUACAUUUUCUGAUGACACAUUAGUCAAUUUUAAAGAUAACUACAAACCGGAUAUAACAUAUUUAGACAAGCUAAAGAGCACUUUGACGCCUAAGUUUCCUCGCGAACAAAGUGACGGUCUUCUGUGGCACUUCAUCCGAGAUGAACUAGGAUGUUCGUCAGAUCAAGAUGAUAAAAUGGACUUAGACGCUCUGCUAGCUGUUCCUCAACCGAUACCACCGUCAAAACCAAAUCAAUCCACCUCUAUACCCAACUUUCCCUCGGUCAGUACCCUGCAGCAAAUGGUCAGCAGACCGGCUGGAGUUCCGCCCAUCAAUGUAUCUUCUAGCAUUGGCUCGGUUUCGCCGCAUAAAUACGAAUCGCCUCUUACCAUUCCGGCUACGAAGUCGUCUAAAUCGACCAACCCAAUUCCUUCCGGCUAUCCCACCGGUUUAGACAUGCUGACGAGCAUGGCUUUAGGUUUGGGGACAGGGAAUAUGCCUCUGGGAUCGAGUAGCUUAGAGAGUCUCGCCGCAGCUAACAGUAUGCUCACUGGUCUAACGCCAGGACUGGGUUCCAACUUAGGUCUGCCGACCGGGAAACUUCCCGAUCUUCCGUCUUACGCGCAAUCCUUGCAGAACUUGUCAAACAAUAUCGUAAAUUACGAGAAGACGUCUACGAGCACGUCCUCUAGUAACACAACCUCCACGACGCCAAUUCCUGCCAGCAUCGCCUCCAAUCUGAUGAUGAGUUCGGCCGAUAUCGCCAAUGCUUUAUUCUCAGCUAGUAAAUACUCCAGUGCGGGCAUCCUCGGCAUACCCGACCCGAUGUCCAAAUCGACGCUGGCCGCCAACAACAUGUUCCUAUCUCCAUCCCUCCUGAAAAUGCAAGAAUCUCUGAUGAAACCUCUCGCCAACACCAGUCCCAUUUCGUCCAAAAUGAACUUCGAUCAGGGCAUGUCGAUGAAAUCUUCGCACGAUCUCAGCAAAAGCAAAGAUUAUCUUCCGCCGGACUUCGGAAGCGUGAGCAAAGGGAAGGAGAGCUCGCUGGACGCGAUGAAACAUCCCGACCCGAUGUCCAAGUCGGAGACGCCGAAGCCCGACGAUUUUAGCAUUCCGAGGGUGGGCAGCGACAUGUUCCUCAAUCAGAUGCUGGAGCUGACGAAGAAGACGACGUCUCUGCCGGACUAUCCAGCCGAUUUCAGUCAGCCUCGGAAAAGGGACGAGGAGAUUUUGCCGCUCCCGUCCAUGCCGACGUCCACCAUGUCCUACUCUAGCGCGGCGAGCAUCGUGGACACGAUCGCGCAGGUGGCGAUGGGCAACUUUAGUAAAAUGGAGGACGCCAUGGACUUCAGUAAAGCCCAAAACUAUAACCUUAAAAGUUCUAGUAGUGAGACUGAAAAGUAAUAUUUAGAUUUUAGGGUAUAAGAGUAUAGAAUUACAUGUGUCGUGUCAACUUAUUAGUAUUUUAAAGAGUAUUAUAAGAUAUCGUAAUUAGGCAUAUUUAUUAUGAGUAAGGCUUACGACAUGUUUUAUUAAUUGAAAUAAUGUUUUAUUUAUUUAAAGGCGC